AUGGCGGCGACGCAGAGCGAAGUUCUAUGUGAGAUUGAAGUGCUGCAGUCUAUCUACUUAGAUGACCUGCACGUCACCAGGACGAGGGACAGGCACUGGGAGGUCAGUCUGGUAUUGUACCCAUCCACAGCCGAAGAUUACGGAUCCCAGUUUGUGCGACUCGGCUUGACGUUGACUCUGGAUGAAGAGUACCCGCUUUCGUCUCCUGACAUCGCCAUUCACAAUACAAGAGGACUCUCUGACGACAAGCUCAGCAGCCUUCAGCAGAGUCUAGAGCUUGAAGCAGAGUCGUGCGUCGGCUCGCCCGUCUUGUAUCAGCUGAUUGAGAAAGCCAAAGAAAUCCUAACGGAAAGCAACAUUCCGCACGGCAACUGCGUCAUCUGCCUCUACGGAUUUAAGGAAGGGGAGGCUUUCAGCAAGACGCGCUGCUAUCACUACUUCCACUCGCAUUGCCUGGGUCGAUACGCCGGACAUUCGGAGGAAGAGAACGGACUCCGCCGGCAGGAGAUGGCCGAGGACAAAACUGCCACGCAGAAUCAGGAGCUGACGGUUGCUUGUCCCGUUUGCCGCGAGCCUCUGACCUACGACCUGGACCAACUGAUGGCCAGCGCCGCACCGCAGCUGCCCGAGCUGGACUCCGCCGCCAUCCGCUCCGACUUUCGGCAGAAGUGGAGGGAACUGGAGAAGGUUCUGGAAAGGCAACGUUGUCGAGGAGGCGUCAUCGAUCCCGAAGAGGAGUCCAAUCGCUUCCUCAUACACAUCAAUGAGCCGCCGCCUCCUUCUUCUGAAGUCGUGGACGUCCCACCGCCCGCCACUUGCGAACGACCUCCGCCGCCCAGUCACUUUGCACCUACCCAGCGCACAGACACUCAAGCUCGCGGGAAGCCCCGAGCCCACAGACGCCACGGGCACGGCGGGGGUCCUAGGAGAGGUAGCGGUCCCCAUGCACAUCACGCCGCUAUCUCAGAACACCUGGACUCGCUGCGCCUAACCUCGGAUAACGCCCCGGCUCACGUGAGUCUUCGCCAAACAGGAAGUCACUCAUCGUCAUAUCCUUCCGACAAACACCCGGUGGCGGCUCGUGCUCCGCGAGCCCGAAGAAGGGGCCCGCAGCACCACCGCUGGGACGCUCGAGCACCCAGAGGGGGGGUGCCCCGCCAGCAGUGGGUGGGGGGACAAGAGGAGGAGCUCUGA